AGGAAGAAAAAUCGAAACAGAGGCCACAACUCACAACGCAACACACACUUUCGCUAUCUAUAAAUAUAAACAUUAAUCGCCAAAUAUCAUUUUUCAUUUAAUAAAAAAAAACAUAAAACAUAUCAUCAACAACGAAAGAAAUAUAUGCAAACAAAAAUUAAAAAUUAAAAACAACAGAAGAAUAGAAGAACCCAAUCAAAACGGCAAGGCCAAAACCCUAAAACGAUUAAUCAAUAUGGUGAUGAAGCAAAAGUUGAUUUAGAUUAAUAUGAUGAUGAAGACGAGGGUUUGAACUGACGCUAUGAAAUGAGAUGAGCACCGUCGUCGACGUGGCAUUAGUGGUAGUGGAAUUAGUUUCGUUCCAUGGCUAGAGAACACGAAACGACGUCGUCCUCGCAACAGCAACAAGAACAGCAGCGGUGGGGUACGUUGGAGGAGUUAUUGUUAGCGUGCGCCGUGAACCGUCACGGGAUCAAGAGUUGGGACUCCGUAGCUACGGAAGUAGCCAACAGAAGUUCGAGCCUGGCGUCGCUCACUCCAGAGAGCUGUAAGAACAAGUUUCGUGAUCUUAAGCGACGGUUCAUGGCUUCAAACGAAGCCGAAUCAACUAGUUUGGUUCCGCUUGUUGACCAGCUCAGACAAAUUCGCGUUCAGGAGUUGCGCGACGAGGUUCAACGACACAACGUCUCGAUUGUGUCUUUGGAAUUGAAGGUGAAAAGAUUAGAGGAGGAGAGAGAGAAGAGCUUGAAGGCGGAGGAAGCAGAUCUGGAGAGAGAAAGGAAAGCCUCGCUGGAGAUCACCGCUGGUAAAUUCUCCUCCGCGGACGGCGACGAAUCCGUCGAGCGCGAGAACCGAUCUUUCAACGAAUCCAAUUCCAUGAGUCAAAAAGCAGGGGAAACUAAGCGCAGGAAACAACAAAAAAACGACGUCGCGGAAGGAGAGAAGAAGAAAGAACCGAAAGUAAAAUCUGAACCGGACAGAGAUAACGAUCCGGUUCCGUUUCGAACCGCAAGUGAACCAGACCGGGAUCGAGAUUGGUCCUCAAACGGUAAAUCAAACGGAAAUGUCUACGAGGACUAUGAAGAAGAAGGUGAGGUGGAUGAAGAUAAAAGGGUGUCGGAGGAGAAAAUGGAAACUGUUCAUAAAAAUGGUAAAACGAGUGGACUCAGUGAGUCAAACGAGUUGUGGGACGAUUCAAACAGGGAGGGAAAAGAAGUUGGGGUGGAGUCCCAGCAGACAAGUGAUGUACAGAGCUCGGCUAGUUUGUCAAAGAAUAAAAAACGGCGUCGUAGUAGUAGUGUCGAGGAGCCCGAUGCUGUGGAGGUUUCUCCCGCCACGAAGAAGGUGUUGGCUGUGAAAUCUGAGCCAUUAGUUAGGUUUCUUGAUAUCAUACGGUCACAAUGGCUCGGCUUACACUUUGAGCGGCGGCUUCGGAGCCAGGAAUCUGAAAGGUACAAGAAGUUGAUAAGGCAACACAUAGAUCUUCAAACAAUUCAAUCCAGGCUUGACAGAGGACUUUAUUCUGACUGUUUUCAAAGAUUCUUCAGGGAUCUCUUACUCUUGUUCAACAAUUUCAUAAUAUUCGUCAGACAAAGCUCUCAAGAACAUGCUGCUGCACAACAACUUCGGGCUCUUGUCACCAAGGAAAUGACUGCCAAGUUAAGGAAACCACAAACUCCUGCUGUUAAACCUGAGCCUGAACAACAACAGCAGCAAAAACCUCGAAAAGAACUACCUGUCGCACUUUCAAAACCUAGCAGAGCUUCCACCAUGGUGGUGUGUGGUAAGCGAAGCUCUGCAAAAGCAGCUUUGGAGAAUGCUGCUUGUAGAAAAGGCAAUAAAAAGGAGAGGGAAAUCGAGGAAAAAGCGAAGGUGACUGAGAAGAAGAUCAAUGGUUCUUUUGUUGGUAUUGAGGAGAAGGGUAUAAAGAAGAAUAGGAGUAAUGAAAGAUCGGUUUCGGGGCAGAGAAAUUUGAGAACUAACAGCAAGGGAGGAGGAGAGGUUAAGCAUCAAUAUGGUGGUAAUGAGCUUAGCUCUCAUGAUUCCUUAGAGGUUAAGAUGGAGAAGAAAGAGAUUGCCCUGAGAAAGAAGCAAGGGGCAGCAAGCUUCUUGAAAAGAAUGAAGCAAAAUUCACCCAGUGAAGUGGUGGAAAACGACAGUGGCGAUGACAAUGACAAGGAGGAGGAGGGGGAGGAGGAGGAGAAGGAGAGCAAAGAUAAUAGAGUAAAAGAGGAGGCAAAAAAGAGGAAGGGGAAGAAGAGAGUUGUAGGAAAAGAUAGGGUUAUAAAGAGUUCAAUGGGAAGAGGGGUGAGAGAAGAAAGUAGAAGAACGAAGAGAGGGGUUGGCCGGCCAUCGAAAAGAUCGGUGUCGGAAAGUCUGCCAAAAAAAUUCGUAGCGGUGAGGCUGCCAGAGAUGGCAGAAAAGAGACGGAGAGACAAUGGUGAGAGUGAGGCUGGAGUGGGCGGUGGAAGUACCAGAUCUAGGAAAAGAACAAGGAGGUGAAAGUGAUUAUUGUAUAAUGUAUAUUAUUAGGAAUUUUGUUUUUUUGUUUUAAAUUUAUUUUCCAGUUUAGUGUUUUACUUGGGAGGAAAAAAAGAGAAAGGAUUGGAAUGGGGAGAAUGAUUGAAAAAGAAAUUUGUAUUUUGGAGUUUCGUAGAAUGUUUUUGUGGCAGCCAUUGCAUAUACACCACCGCCAGGUGUAGAGUUAGAAAUGAAUUAUAGGCUUUUUAUUUAUUUUUGAA